AUUGGACAGUGUGUGUCCGCCAUGACUCAGGAAGCCUGCCUCAUUGGUCCGCGCAGUCGGGACUCCGGCGGCUUUUCUCUGUAGCUCUCAGGGCGCCGAUCACUCCUCUUCCUCUAAGUGAGCGCUCCCUUCCUUCUGGUGCCCCGGAGCUGCUAGCCUAAAGGGAUCCAGACCGAGCUAGGCCGGGCACCAUGACUACGCUGGAUGAUAAGUUGCUGGGGGAGAAACUGCAGUACUACUACAGCAGCAGUGAGGACGAGGACAGUGACCACGAGGACAAAGACCGAGGCAGGGGUGCUCUAGCUAGCAGUUCCAUGCCUGCAGAGGCUGAGCUGGCAGGCGAAGGCAUCUCAGUUAACACAGGUCCAAAAGGUGUGAUCAAUGACUGGCGCCGCUUCAAGCAGUUGGAGACAGAGCAGAGGGAGGAGCAGUGCCGGGAGAUGGAAAGGCUGAUCAAGAAACUGUCAAUGACCUGCAGGUCCCAUCUGGAUGAAGAGGAGGAGCAACAGAAACAGAAGGACCUCCAGGAGAAGAUCAGCGGGAAGAUGACUCUGAAGGAGUUUGCCAUGAUGAAUGAGGACCAAGAUGACGAAGAGUUUCUGCAGCAAUACCGGAAGCAGAGAAUGGAAGAGAUGCGGCAGCAGCUUCACAGGGGGCCCCAAUUCAAGCAGGUUUUUGAGAUCCCCAGUGGAGAAGGGUUUUUAGACAUGAUUGAUAAAGAACAGAAAAGCACCCUCAUCAUGGUCCAUAUUUAUGAGGACGGCAUUCCAGGGACCGAAGCCAUGAAUGGUUGCAUGAUCUGCCUUGCUGCGGAGUACCCGGCUGUCAAAUUCUGCCGGGUGAAGAGCUCAGUUAUUGGGGCCAGCAGUCGGUUCACCAGGAAUGCCCUUCCUGCCCUGCUGAUCUAUAAGGGGGGUGAAUUGAUUGGCAAUUUUGUUCGUGUCACUGAUCAGCUGGGGGAGGAUUUCUUCGCUGUGGACCUUGAAGCUUUUCUCCAGGAAUUUGGAUUACUCCCAGAAAAAGAAGUCUUGGUGCUGACAUCUGUGCGUAACUCUGCCACCUGUCACAGUGAAGAUAGCGAUCUGGAAAUAGAUUGAACUGAUAGUCUAGUUGCGUAGAUUUUUCAGGUUGGGCUAGAAGGCACAUGUCCUUGUUUAUUCUUGUUCUUUUCUUUGUCUUCUGUCUUUUUAGCUGUCCUUUGUAGUCCCUUUUAUUAUGUGUAAAAUCAAGAAAUUCUUAGAUUAAAUCAGAAUGCUGAAUUACCUUGUGGCUAGCAAUAAAGUGACAUAAAAUUGUAUAAACAGGAAGCCAGGCUUUUGAACUGUUUACUUAAGAUUUUCUGGCGUGACAUCUCUGUUACUGUUUCCAGUCAAUAUUUACACAGCAUUCUAAAGACAGUGUCCUGGAAAUUGUCUUCAGAUGCUCUCAGGUCUCUGCCAAGUCUAAGAGUGUAAGUCUCUAGUUAGUGUGUUAUUUGCAAUGUAAAUAGUGCUUUUCCUUAAUCAAAUGAUUGUAAAUUAUAUUCACUUGUAAUCAGAUCCAUAGUCCUAGAAGGCAGUUAAAUUCUUUUCCCUAGACCCUCUUCUCCAUCAGGGUCUUGUUUAAAGGUUUCAGAUGAUGCGUGUUUCCCCCGUCGGGUGGGGUGGCCUCUGCUGCUGCACUGCCUGUCCUGCUCCAGCGUUACCAAGUCUGGAACAGGAGGAAGGGGAGAUGCUGACGGCCCUAGCGGAUGCUGAAGGACAAGUGUUUUUAUGCACUUAAACGUUAGAGCUGGGGUGGAGCUGGAAAGCUUGUAAAGGAGAUCAUCUUUCAAUAAGAUGUCCCUACUUGUCUUUUUCUCUCUCUCUCUUUUAUUUAACAAGGUAACUUUUUGUUGAAUCUAAAUUUUUAAAAAACUUUUUUUUUUUUUUGUGUAUUGGAAAAGUAAUUCAUAUUCAGUAGAGGAAAAUUGGCCAAAAUAUCGAAGCAAAAAUAAGAAAAAAUAAUCUCUAAUCUACCACCUAGAUGAGUAAAACACUAUUAAUAUUUUGGUAUAUGUCUUGCCAAGGUGUUUUCUAUGUAUACAUAGACAUUUUGUUUAUUUUUAAAUAAAACAAUGGGAUCAUUCUGAACAUACUGUUUUAUAGUAUGGUCAGCUAAUAACAUAUCAGACUUUUUUCAUGUUAUUAAAUAUUCUACAACAUUUUUUUAGUGGAUAUUAAUAUGCCAUUGUAUAGAUGUGCUAUAAUUUUUUUGGUGGCUGUCUCUUAAAAAGAAAGAGCAAACACUUUUUAUUACAAAAUGAACCGAUGUUCAUUGUAGAAAAUGUAAUAAAAAUUGUUAAGCUAAAAAGAGAUUUAAAAAGCCAUAUAAUUUCACCAACCAAAAUUAAUCCCUGUUAUAUUUACAGGCAUCUUUCUAGUCUUUUUUUCUGUGUAUUUGUAAUGAUUGGCAUUUGAGUUUUUCUCAUUUUGCUUUUUACUUUAAAAAUGUAUAUUCUAGGGUCAGGGAAAAUGUAAUCUGGAAUUAAGUAUUAGCUUCAAAACUCACAGUUUUGAUUUUCCUCGCUAUUCAGGAUUUGACUAACUAUAGAGAAGAAUUUUGAAAGUAUCGGUUGUAUUUAGUCAACAAAACAAAAGUGCAUGGUUGUUUUUGACUAAGAAAGCUCAUUGUAGAAAGUGUGGAAAGUACAGAAAAUUAUUAGAAACAGAACUGCUGUCAACGCUCUCAUUUAUUUUCUUCUAGUCUUUUUUAAUAUUUUUAAUACAUUGGGUGCUUAUUGAA